AUUGCUUCAAGAUACGAACCAGGCGUCGUGCUUUGUGUCACUUUUCUCCGUAUCCCCCUUCAUAAAAUACAUGACACCAAAUAAAACAUCGCCAGGUUCCCAACUGACCCCUCAUUGAUGAUCUGGUGAAUCUCUGCUGUUAUUCCCUUCUUCGCCGUUGUCGAAAGAUUUCGACGCCAUCUUGCUUGACCAUUGCGUCCUUCUACCACCUCCAUCUGCGUUCGAGAGCCUGACUUUUGAUUGAUACCUGCAACCGGAACUGCGGCUAUCUGUGAUUGCUCGCUGUCACUCCUGUACUGUACUAUCGCUACCGCCGGCACCAACGCCUCUCCCUCGUCACAUCUACAGUCGGUUGUGAGGAUCGCUUCAUUCGCUGAUCCAUUGCAUUUGGCCCACGGUCUUGCAUAUUUAUUUACGUUGCUGGCUAGCCGCUUGAACUGCCUGCACCGUCAGUACUUACAGGCCUAGUCACACAGUCAGCCUUAGCAUCUAUAUCGACAAGAGAGGAUCUUUAUUCGAUUUGUAUUUGGGAUCUAGGUGUAUUUGGAUUUCCCUCGCUAUAUACCAGACUCGACUGGCACCCGACAGUCAUCAGGAACAUCCAUCCAUCCAUACCCCCACCUCCAGAAGGACAGUCGCCAACAGGUUGCGCUACUGUACCUCUCCAAUCGACAGGACUCGACGGAAUAAGCAAUUCUGUGCAGGUGGUCGUCUCCCACUACGACGACCAACUACUAAAUUACUACGACCAACUGAAGUUGGGAACCAACUAAAACCAACUUGGUUGAGCGAAACCAGGCGAAACACGGGCCUGCCGGGCUGGAGCCAACAUCCCAACCCACCCCGUACCGAAUUUGAUAAAUCAAGUUGCGAGUCGAUCGACCGAGGCCACUCUUGACGCCCCUGGCUUUGUCUUCCACUCACUCCUUCGACUUACUAGUUGGUACUUACCUAUUCAUUUACUCGCAACUGUACUCCGUAACUGCAACUGUAACGAGGAGAGGAAAAUAACAAUCGGGUUAUCUCUUCCUCUACCUAUCCUCCUUCUUGGUUCGUCAUCUUCGUUCUUCUUUUCUUUUUCUUUCCUCUUUCUUUUUUUUCCCUUCUGAAUCCCCCAUCCUCCCCCCCUCUCUCUCUACCUCCCGUCUCGCAUACAGAACAAGGGAAAACAAAUUGGAUCUGGCUUCAUUUGCUGCUUGCUCUGCUCUGUCACAUCUCGCACAGAGCUGACCGCCCGCUUUGAGCUUGGACCCAAGUCAGAGCGCGCAGGGCAAAAAGAAGAGCGAGCCGUCGUCGAACCAUCCACUACCAACGGACCAACCAGCUUCUAUAUCUGGUCUCUGUCGCCUGAGCUGAGCUAUCGAUCAGUACAUACAUAAUAUUGUUCCUUCCUUCCAGCCCAUCUCAGCCCCAGCCCGGCCUCCCUUUGUGUGGUGCUGGUUCCAAUUAGUUCUCGACGUUCUUCUUUCUGGCUUUCUUGCCCGUCACUCCCGCGACAAGACUCGCCCCAAGUCAAAUCGAAUCGUGUGCUGACUCGAGUCGGCCACGUUCACGAUCGUUUCCAUUCCUGUCUAACUUUACAUUUACGGUCGUCUCCGACCGAUUCGUUUCGAUCCGUUUUUUGGGCUUUGUCUCUGCUGUACUCGCUAGUCAAUACAAGAAAGGAAACCUCUAGCUAACUCGCGAGAACCCAGACCCAGAAAAACCCAGGUACUCGGCUCACUCUGGCUCGCUGACUGGCCUGGCCUGGUCUACCUAUUCCCUCCUGCUUCUCCUUGCAGCUGUCCCCGUCCCCGUUCUUGUUCUUGUCUCCUUUCAACACGAACCACCUGUCGCCAUUUCCCACAACCCUGCACUCGCACUCUUUUCAUUAUGAGUGCUGCAAUUGCAAUGGCUCCCUCUCCCGCUCCUCACGAAAGGUUCUCCAACCCCGAACUACCCGCUCCCUCUACUUCGGCUGCCACCGUUGGAACUUCCCCCUCCGCACAACGGUCUUCUCUCAACCUUUCGACAUCGCAUGCGACAACCCAAUCCUCCAGCAGCAGCAGCCCGAAAGCUGCGGGCCAGGGUGCCAAAUCAUCACCCUCCAGCGCUUCACGAUCGGCCGGCGCGCCCCCUAAAAUCUUCGUCAAGAAGGAGCCCGGCUCUCCCAGCAUGACCCAUACACGACCACGACCACGCAAACUUGACCUUUCUAAGAAUACGCCCAAAUCUAACCAACCAACUUCGGCACGACCCAUGACUGCCCGUGACGGCCUUGCUAUCCAAGAAGUCGGUAUCGCCUGCCUGUCUCCUGGCUUUGUCACCCAAGACCCUGUUAUGAAGGAGCAGCUGCAGCGAAGCAUGUCAGUUCGAGAGCAACAACGACACAUUAUCGAAGCUAGACUUCACCAGCAGUCUGCCAAAGGGGACGGUCCCGAUAAAGAUCCCGUGUCGCAGUUCGCCGCCAAGACCCCCGGCAUGUCGAGAAGAAAUAAGGCCCCUGGCCUCUCCAUCGUUGCGCCCUCCCACGAGCAAUUUGCCAAUGAGAGAGUUAUCCAGUCUGCCCCUCUGGGCCACAGCUUUACAGGACGUCAACAUCCUGCUCCCAUGACCCGUCACAUCACCAACCAGCCAUCCAACCUUUCGAGUACUUCUCAUAUCCACCACAUUCCUGCCACUCAAACGGCCAACCGACUACCGCCUAUCAGCGAUGUAUUUGGCCAAGGCCUGUCAGCGCAUCCCGAUAAUGCUCCUCAGCCUCAGUCUCUCUACCCUAGUGGUCCAAGCUCUCGUGGGCCGAUGACAUCUCCUGGCCACCCUCCACCUCCCCAGGCCCCUACGCCCGGACGAGGUCGUGAGUACAGAUCCGCUGAGGAAGCGCAACAGGAGCUUGCUGGUGGGCGGCCGGAACUCCUGCCUAAGCUUGUUCACUAUGGUGGACACCAGCCCCCGACACCCCCUUCCCCAGCUCCCGGCAGUCGACCUGUGGAUGCCUCACGAAGCGCUAGCAUCAACAGGCGAAGGACGCGCGCUGAAUAUGAGGACGGCAGCCCACCAUUGGGCCAUGGACCUGCUCCUACUCGUCGUGGGCCCUUUGGUGCUGGACGAGAUAGCCCAGAAACCCAGCGAGCCAAGAAGGAAGAGUUUAUUCGAUUAUGCGAACGCGCGUGGGAUCUAUUUCACUCGUAAGGCCUCAAAAGACAAUAAUCAACAAUAGUCCUUACUGCAACGGCCAGCUCGCUUUGGUCAUUUUCUCAGCCUAAUAAUCCAGGUGUUAUUUCUGUUUAUUACUUGAACCAUCUUACUGUGUGGCAUACGUCCGGAUCGGUUUUAAAAGGUUGGAUGAUAUGGCGGUUCGCGGAACUCGAGGUCCAUCGGGUGGACAUAAUGUUUUUCGACAUCUUGACGACGCUAUGAAUACUGUGCGUCAAUAUUCCGAAUGUUCAGAGGCAACAAACCUACAUCAACAAUCUACUCGUUCAUUCAAAGCACCAUCCACUUAUCGAUUGACUGAUUUGUAGUGGUUGUUGAUCAUGGGGCUCUGCUAUUUCUUGAAGUAAUCGCAAUGGAUGCUUCGCAACAUCGGGACGGGCACAAGGCAGACAUCCGGCCGUGGCUCUUUAUUUUUAUUUUAUAUUUUUAUCUAUUCUCGUCUUGUAUUUGGUUAUUGGAAACGGCUUGGUCUGGUGGGCUGCCAGAUCCCGGGUAUGAGCAAGAUGAAGGGGGUUUGAUUUAUGUUUUUCUUGUUCUUGUUCUUCUUCUUCUUCUUGCAUCCUUGUGUCGUUUUUGGCCAGGAAUUGGCCCGGAUUUGCUUGGAUCUAUUAUUGGCGAUGGUUUUUGUAGACCUCGCGUGGUGUACUGGACGGGCUUGGAAAUAGGAUGGAAUUUCAAACAGGAUUGACAUAACUAUUAAAGCGAUACCUGGCUCGCAAGUCUCUGUAGUUUCCUUAGUGACAUAGAUAAUAUUGAACAGACAGACGUAGAGCCUCUGCAAAGGAACCCUCUUGUUCUAGUCAUUUCCUUGGUUAUAUCCGGCCCAUCAAGGACUGACUACAUUUUGCUGGGUGUUGUCUUGGGAAACCCAAACUUUGAGAUGCCAU